GAAGCUUCCGUAUGAGAUGCUGUUUCACAUCAUCAGCUAUCUUGAUCUCCAUGAUGAGUUCAUUCUGCGUUAAACCUGCAAAGACAUGCAAAUCCUCCUCCAGAAAGACUGGAGGCUGCUGUUCACUCGCCUUGCCGUCAGACAAAGACUAGACUUUUUGGCUGGUUUGGCAUUCACCUCACUCAACCACUGGGUCUGCGGAGGCUGCCAUCAGCUCCAUCGUAUCAAUACGAACGAUAUACCUUGGCAUCCGCCGUCUAUCGACCGCUGCCGAACUGAUAAACAAAUAAUAUGUCUUCCACCCUGUUUCGAAAUUCGAGAGAGGCAUAUUCAACUCGGACUCAAGCUUACACGACUCAAAACAGCCGCCAACCAGGAGUACUUGAAGAAGAUCAUGUCACCGUUUACCUUCGAGUUCGGCCCUUACCCAGGUCCAAAGAUCAGGUCUUCUUUUCACGCCACGCCAAAAUUUAUAGCCGAUAGGUUCAUACUAUAUAUUCAGCGAGCACUAAUUUAUAAAAAGGGCCUUGAAACUUGGCAACUCAACUCAGAGAGCACCUGUCGGCACACCGGCGGACCUGAAUCCCGGUAUGGCCCCCCCACGGAAUUCGGCAACACCGUUAGAUUGGCAGUCAAUCAGCCGGGGAUCGAAGUGACUGGCCACUGUUCACGCUGUCCAACAGAUUAUUCCGUCAUGGUUGGUCACGGUCCCGACAAAAUCCUGACAAAAUUACCAUCCAUGCUUGGCAUGACUACGGUUCAUACAAGUCUCCCAGUGACAAGUCUUGGACUGCACCCGUUUAUGGUACCAGCAACAUGUAUUCGCCAGGCCCUAAGGUGUAUCGUGACCCUGGCAGCAUUCGGAGGCUGUAAACGACGGGCACCACACUUGGCAACGUCAGAUAGUUGGAUUAGCUGCCUCCAAACAGAGCUCUCUUUACGAAAGGUAUGUAGUCUAGAUCCUGUUGAGGGCCGCCUUCGACCUUUGCGGCCGACCUCUGCGGUCGAACUUUCCGGCUGGCGCCUCCGUGUGAGGAUUAAUUGUCUAAGAUCCCGAAUAACAUCGCAGUUUUGGUAUCGAAACCACUACAUCAAGUCAAAUAAGUAAUCGGGGAAUAUUGUACAUACCAUAUAGUUAUAAAAAGUAUAUCGCGUCGUAUGAUUUGCCUUGGAGGCUAAUCCCGUUGAGGUUGAUCUUUUGCGCCUAUGAAGCCGGACAAUCUACCACAUAUAGUCUAGACCGAAAGGGGUUCACUCAAAGCACUGUCCAUGAAAGGGUUGCAGGUUCAGAGUGUAUUGGUAGCUUUGUGUGAACUACGGUAG